GCGAUGUUCUAAUGUUAACUAGCCCGUCAAAGGCGUCAAUAAUACAAAUUGGAAUAUGUGACAUCCACUAUAAAUAAUAUUAUACAGUUUUGGAUUUAAUUUCAUCAAAGGGAUCCUUAAAUUGUUCUCAGAUUAAAGAUAUGGUGAUGGAUAUAGUUGGAGACAUCUAGUUUAAUAUGAGUUACAGCGAACCAGAUACCGAGAUGCAAUUGUCGAGAACGACGCCGGCGUCAAAUUUGACCUCGACACUAUAUCAGAUAUUGAUGGCAUUGCAAAUGGACCCAAAUAUGACGUCGGAAAUUCUCGCUUUAACACCAGAGGAUCAGUUACACUUCAUUGAAUCGCUGAAUCUUAACUCAGACGUGCAGUCAGUUGACCUGGAGGACCAGAGAAUGCUUAUUCCUGAAUACAGGAUUAACAAAGCCAUAGGCGUUUACCUUCCCCCGUUUCUCCUACUGAUGGGAACGUUUGGGAAUGUCAUGACCUUUCUCAUCUUGAGAAAUAAGGCCAUGACCAGACAAUCCACGAACUUGUUUUUAGCAGCUCUCGCUAUCGCAGACUCGAUAGUUUUGUUUGUUGGCUUGUUGCGACGAUGGCUUGGUGAUAUAUUGCAAAUAGAUAUCCAGAGUGAGUCAGACUGGCUGUGUAAGGCAGUGUCGGUUCUGGGUUAUAGUAGCAGCCAAUUUUCCGUGUGGCUUAUAAUCGCAGUAACGAUUGAACGCUUUUUAGUGGUAAGCCAUCCUCUACACACUUCACGUUACUGCAACCUAACACGCGCUAAACGUAUCAUAUGUUUAAUCGCUUUGUUGAUCGUGGCAAUUAACUUUCAUUUUUUGUUCACAGUAUCUGUGCAUGAACACGAACAUGGGUUAAAAUCAUGCGACUCAGCGCCGGAUUUCAGGUUACUAGUAACAGUUAUUUGGCCAUGGAUAGAUGCCUCACUUUAUGCGCUGCUCCCAUUUUUUCUGAUUGUCGUAUUCAAUACUCUCAUUAUUAUACAAACAUUGAAAGCUACCAUCUGGCGUGCGGCUCAAAAUGGACCGUUGAUAAACACUGCAGAUAAAAGAAAGGUGUUUAAAGACAAUAACAUAAAAUUGACCGUGAUGCUUUUGUCUGUGUCUUUUACAUUCCUAAUUACGACAUUUCCGAUGGCAAUUGUAAUGGUUUUUCACAGCGGAUGGAGUAGAGAUAUCGAGAACGUGCCGUUAAGUGUUAUGGCACAGCGACAAUUGAUCAGGACAUCAGCUGAGAUGUUGAUGUUUCUGAACCACUCUGUUAAUUUUUACUUAUAUUGUGCUCUUGGACAAAAAUUCAGAAACCAGGUUUUGAAAACGUUGUGUCGAAGGACGUUAUCAACAAACUCAAACGUUUCUGACCAUAGCCAACAUCUGUAUUGCUCGCGUGUGAAAGGCUAUCACGUUCAUAACAAGUCAACGUGUUUUGAUGAGACAAAGUUAUGACAAAUGCUGCAAGCAGGAAAGUCUCUCUAUAUUUGACCAAGGUUCGAACAUAUGAACAAUUAAAGUUUUAGAUAGCAACACGAAGUGUUAAAAAUUGUGUUAGGACGACAGUUUCUUUAAACAAAAUCAGGAUGCUUUACAAAUUUUUUAAACGAUGUCACAAAUUAACGUACAAGGCUUCGUCAUGACUUUUAAGUAGGAGUAUCGAGUUGAGUUAAGUGUUCCAAGUGAUAUUGUCUUAAGAAACAUAUUUGCAGUGGUUUAACUUUCCUGCAGUUCAGCGAUAAGCGUCCAGUUGGGAUGUUCAUACCAUUUGCAAUCGAAUUCAAAUGGAUGUGGAUUCUAAUAAUACUUAUCAUAUAACUCGUUCCAGAUCCGAGGCCGGUAAUGUGUAGCGUGUUAAUCUUUAUAACAAAGUGACAAUUCGCUGAUAAGAUGAUGCUCGACAUGUUGUUAAAGUGUGCUCUACUGAACUGUGAUAUGAU